AUGCCCUCUUGGUACGAAAUCACCAGGCGCGACGACGACGACGACGACGACGAUGGUGAUAGCGAUGACGGGUCGGACAGCGACGAUGACGACGACGACGAUCGGACCAGUUCGAGCUCACGUUCGAGCGCAGUCACUAUUGCAGCGACCGUCGUGGCGGUCUUCGUCGUCCUGCUCCUCAUCAUCUUGUGUUUCGUGCAUUUGAAGAGGAAGAGAGUACGGAGACGAAAAGAGCGCAAACGUGGCCAUGUCAAUCUGGAGGGCGUGACACCUCGGCAGGAGGAAACGAUGAUGCUACCACAAACAUUCAUCCCGAUGCCGGUGAGCAAGGACGUGGAACGGGAUUUCAGUGAGACCAAGAGCGAUCCGUCGUCGGUGCCACCGUUCGAGCCAACUUCGACAGGAGGAUUCGUGUGGGAGAGAUACCCCGGAGAUCGAAGGGUGAUGCGGCAAAGCGCUGACGCAACUUCGCCUAUUAUGACCGCGAUGGGUUCUUCGUCUGGAGAUCACGGACGCCCUUCGACGAACAGCGAGUCUUCUCGGCAGGUUGUUGUUGAUCAGAAUCCGGGGGCGGAGGACAAUGACGCUCUGCUAAGCCAGCACGCCGCUCAGCACGGUCCACCUCCUGACUAUGAAGCUGGCCCUAGUCACGAAGACCACACUCAUCGCGUCGCCGGCUUGAAGUUCGAUGUUGUCUGA